AUGAGUGUGUUGGUAACCACCACUUUCUCUCAGGGCGCCGUAUUUUAUGCUGGAGAAACCCUAAGAUGUAAAAUCUCAUUCACCAAUCCACUCAAACCACCAACGACUGCAACCACAACACGAUCCACUCCGAUGACCCGUUCACCAUCCACUCUUCAAUUACAACCAGCAAAUACACCCAGUAGCUCAACACGGCUCAUGACUUCGUUAACGUCGUUUCUCAGUCGAGCAGCAUCCGUCACGACAGAUGAUCCCAUUGCCAUCGAACUAGAUUCACCUAGAACAAGUAUAGACACAUACCCAAUAAGCCCCAGAAGUUCAAUGGAAUCUACAGCUUCUUAUCCUUCACUUCGAAGACUGUCCACCUUGUCUCAAACGAUUAAAACAGAGCAUUUGCUUUGUGGAUUUGUACAGGUCGUCGGAAGCUUUAUCGUAGACCCAAGUUUGAUCAAUAUAAAUGAGUUUGAUCCCUUGAAGCAAUACAGUAGCCCACAAGGUGGGUUUGGAGGAGGAUUAGUGAAAUCGGAUACGUUUAUGAAUGCACGUACUCUGCCCGUCUUUUCUACAGCGCCUUCUAUCUUGUUUGUUGAUCUUGAUCUGGAACCAGGCGAGACAAAGCAGUACACAUAUAAAGUAAAGCUACCCAACGAUAUCCCGCCUUCUCAUCGAGGAAAGGCCAUACGAUUUAACUAUUACCUUGUCGUGGGCGCACAAAGAGCAUCUCAAAGCAAAUUCAAUCAGGGACAAGUGGCUCAGAUACGGUUUAGGGUAUUGAAUCAUGUCGCCCAAGACGGAUCACGGCCAAUUUACGACUUGAUGAACCCGGUGAUAGUUGUAAAGGACGAAGCGAUAGUAAACGAGCAUCAGUCAAAGGUGAAAAGAAGCGAGGAAAAGAGUCGAAUAGAAGAACGAAAAGAAUUUAUAGACUAUAUCAAUGAGUUAUUGGAUAAUAGAAAAUCGAGGCAUGAAAUCACCAGACGAGAGAGUGAAGCAUAUGAUGAAAAGAAUAGAGAAAUAGAGGAGGCUUCAAUGAGUCGAUCGUGUUCACAGAUAGUCUCUAGGUUGACACAUGGCAGUAGAAAAGCAAUGUAUGAUAUUUGCAAAAACAAUCAACGGGUUGCCAAAUUACACUUGAUCAAGACGGCUCAUCGAUUAGGAGAGCCUAUUGUUGGUGUCUUGGACUUUACUGGUGCCACAUUGUCUACUUAUAAAAUAUCGAUAUUCUUAGAAAGUUGCGAAGUCGUAGAGGAAACGAUUGCUCUACGUCCACAACAACAAAUCGCGCGGGUCUCGCGAAAGAUACACUCGGACUUUUAUUCCUUUUCUUUGGGUAAUAGACGUCUUUCUUUUUCUUUACCUAUACCAGCUACCUGCUCACCUGAUUUUCAAACGACUGGAGUGUCAUUGAAAUAUUAUUUAAAAUUCGAAUUCAUCACUGGUUCAGAUGCACCUUUUAUUCCAAUCAAUGUAGAUGAAAGACAUAGGCACUAUCAAUGUUUACAAGAUGUAGAAGUAAGCACCUUUGACUGCCAAAUACCCGUGAUUAUUUAUGGAUCACCCGGAGGUCAAGAUCGUGCUCUCUUUGGUCGUCCUCAUACAUUCAGAGUUCACUAA